UUCGGCGGUGCACUCACAAGCAGUUAUCCCGUUUGCAAGCUGCUGUUCACUUGCUGUCUCGCAGCAGAGCAUUUGGAAGCUAUGAUUUACUUUCUUUUUCAGUAUUACUUGUUCGCAGCAUUCUCUGGUCUUGUAGCACCAGUAUUCUUCCCCAUGAAAUCAACACAGGCGGAAGGGGACAAGCGCAUUCUUUAUACGCAUUACGACUACCUGAUCGUAGGUGGAGGCUCGGCGGGUUGCGUACUGGCCAACCGCCUGUCGGCUGACUCAAGCAGAACGGUGCUCCUGAUCGAGGCUGGAGGCUUGGAGAAAGACUUUGUGCCUUUUACAGAGUUUCCGCUAGUGAAGAUCGGUACCCAAGUUCCAUUGUACGCACCGCUGCUUAUCAACAGUGAAAUCGACUGGCAAUAUCCCACUGAAAGUCAGCAGAACGCCUGCCUCUCAAUGGUGAACCAGAGUUGCCCAUGGGCCCGCGGUAAAGGGAUGGGAGGAUCGAGCGCCAUGAACUUCAUGCUGUUUGUUCGUGGAAACGACCUUGACUACGACAUUUGGGAACGUUUUUAUGGAGCACACAACUGGUCUUACAAUGACGUAUUGCCGCACUUCAAAAAGAUUGAAAAGUCUACAGUGCCAGGUCAUGAUCAUUUUUUACUGUACUGCGUGUUCCACGUAGUCCGGGUGCUCUUCGAUGGCGAACGUGCCAUAGGAGUUCGUUUCAUAUAUAAUCAAUUCAUUUACGACGUUCGAGCUACUCGCGAAGUUGUGAUAUCGGCUGGAGCCAUCGGUUCGCCUCAGUUGCUCAUGCUGUCUGGCAUUGGCCCCCGGAAAGACCUCGAGAGACUCAAGAUUCCUGUCUUCCGUGACCUGCCAGUUGGCGAAAACCUUCAAGAUCAUAUGCAUAUUAGCGGCAUCGGCGCCACGAUACGUCAGCAACACGGCAUUAACCUUUCUGGUAUCUUAAACUUCAACGAGUGGCGGUCAGGUCCGUAUUCUAUUCCUGCAUCUAUUGAGGCUCUUGCAUUCGUUAACACAAGGUUUGUCCAAAAAGAAGCGGAAUUUCCGGACGUGGAGAUCGCCUUGCAGUCCCUCCCUUAUUCGUGUUGUUUUCUCGAUGUCUUCCUAAAAAACAUGGGUCUUCGUGAAGACGUUUACAAGCAAUAUUACGAGCCCAACAAACACCUCAGCGGAUUUGCUCUAGUUCCUGUCAUGAACAGGCCGGUGUCUCGUGGUUUCGUGAAACUGAAGAGUGCUGACCCUUUCGACAAGCCCAUCAUCGACCCGAAGUACUUGACGGAACCUAUCGAUGUAGCUGCGGCAGUGGAAGGAGCCGAGAUUGCUUUGGACUUCAUAAAGAGCGAAGCCAUGCAGCGCAUUGGAGCGAAGCCUUGGGAAAUCCCUCUUCGUCAGUGUUUAUGGGCCCUCCCGAUCUGGAGCAAACCGUACCUCGGCUGUUUUGUGCAGCAUAUGGCACAAACCACGUGGCACCCCUGCUGCACGUGUUCCAUGGGUUCCCAUACAGGGGCCGUGGUGGACCAUGAGCUCAGGGUUAAAGGUGUCCAGAAUCUGCGCGUUGUGGAUGCUUCUGUCAUGCCAUCAAUAGUCACCGGAAACCUCAACGUGCCAACCAUGAUGAUCGCCGACAAAGCAGCUGAAAUGAUUCUGAAAGCCAAUCCUUAAUUUAUGAGAUGUCCUAAUAAACGCAAAUUAACCUUUU